AUGAAGACUGCGCUAAUGCGUGGCGUCUGUGCUCUCAACAUGGAAACCAUGUCGGUUUUGAAUGGCCCUGGUCUUCUGCCACCUGUUAGAGUCCCAUUAACAGAAGAAUCUCCAAACCCAUCAAAUACGAAUCAACCUACUGUCGUAGAGGAUAAGUUGAAUGAGCCAAAAUAUCCUGGAAACUGUGAAUGCGCCAGUGAGAAGAAGCUGGGCGCUGCUUCAGAAGAGCAGAGAGAGAGGGCUGAACAAGCUAUAACGAGUGUGGACGAUUUGCCUAAGGCAACUAGGACUGGAAUUUCUCCAGAACAGCCCGAGGUCCGGUAA